GCCGCUGCCUCCGCCCCCUCCAACCCCCCGUGCCGGGGCCUCGGCUGGGCUUGCGGGGGCUGUGCUGGACGCUCUGCCCACGGCGAUCGCCCGGACCAUCAUGGCCAACUUCCGCUUGGCACUCAUCCAGCUGCGAGUUUCUUCAGUCAAGGCAGAAAACCUGGCACGAGCCACUGGCUUUAUUAAGGAGGCAGCAGCCCAGGGAGCCCAGAUUGUGUCUCUGCCGGAGUGCUUUAAUUCUCCCUAUGGCACUAAUUACUUCAAGCAAUAUGCAGAGAAAAUCCCUGGGGAAUCCACACAAAAGCUUUCUGAAGUAGCAAAGGAGUGCGGCAUUUAUCUCAUUGGAGGUUCGAUUCCUGAAGAGGAUGCCGGGAAACUGUAUAACACUUGCACCGUGUUUGGUCCUGAUGGGUCUCUUCUGGUCAAGCACAGGAAGAUUCACUUGUUUGAUAUUGACAUUCCCGGAAAGAUUCACUUCCAAGAGUCAGAAACACUGAGCCCCGGAGACAGUUUCUCUACGUUUGAUACGCCUUACUGCAAAGUGGGCCUGGGGAUCUGCUACGACCUCCGCUUUGCCGAACUCGCUCAGAUCUACACCCAGAGAGGAUGCCAGCUGUUGGUAUACCCAAGCGCUUUUAACAUGACGACGGGACCCGCCCACUGGGAGCUGCUGCAGCGGGGCCGGGCAGUUGACAACCAGCUGUACGUGGCCACAGCCUCCCCUGCUCGAGAUGAAAAAGCCUCUUACGUGGCGUGGGGACACAGCACGGUGGUAGGCCCCUGGGGAGAUGUCCUAGCCAAAGCUGGCCCAGAGGAAACGAUCAUACACACAGACAUAGAUCUCAAAAAGGUGGCUGACAUCCGCCAGCAGAUACCCAUUCUUAGCCAGCGGCGCCCUGAUCUCUAUGCCAAAGAAGCAAAAAAGUUUUGAGCAGGUCUCUCCCAGUCAGGAAGGAAGUGUGAUGCUGAGCAAUUUUUCUGGUCUGCUGGUAUAUCUUUGUUUUUCUCCUCCCACCUUUAACAUUGCCCCCGAGCCCAAAGUAGCAGUCAGUAUUUACUCCCAACCCAGCACCAAGAUUCCUUCCUCUCCCAUCGCUAGACAGUGGGACUACACCCCGGAGGCGUGGUGACUCGAGCCCAGUGGGAUCCAAAAACCGGAAUUAUUAUUUUGAAGGGCCUUAAGCUAAAUGAGCCUCGUGGUAUGGCCAACUUGUCUUCCAUCCUCCCUCCCUGUAUCCUAACAAGGUCAGUGAGUUAGACUCCACCAUUUCGGUCUGGUUGCCUGCACGGUUUGAGCUAAGGAAGCCUUGUGCCAUAAACGGGAAAGUUCCUCUGGUCCAAAUGUGAGCAAGAGACUUCAGCUCUUAUCCUUCCUCAUGCCACCAUGUCUUUCUCAGGGAAAGCAGGAGGAAGAAGAAAGCGGUUCCACCUUUCUUCCCUUGCCUGAGACUUGAUUCCAGAUCCUCUAUUAGCCGUGGAGUCCAAUGCCCUUGAGAGGGGAAGCUGGGCUGGGCACAGGGAGCCACAGCCCAGACUAGGGAAGUGAGCAGAUCAAGCCCUGUGCUGCUUUCGUUAACGCUGAGGCAGGCAACCCAAGGGGCUUCCUCACACAUCAUUCUUCCACUUGGAAUCAGGCCAAGUUGAGGGAGAAAAGAAAGACGUGAAAUUAUUAAGGCCGUCUCAACUCUUUUCCUUUCCUGUGUGGGAUUACUGCUAACUCUUGUCACCCCCUCACAAUCACAAGAGCAAAAGUUCUUUAAAGAAAUGGUUGCCACGUUCUGAUUUCUCUAACAGCCUAUGCUGUGGGCCCAGGUUCCAUUCAGGACGUAUCCCCAGAGCCCAGCUGAUCGGUUCAGCACACAAAGCAAUGCUACAGUGGGCUGAUGGUCAGCUGCUCAGUUCAAAAUUGUGGGGAAAUCAGUCACUGAGCACUUACUGAAUGCUCGGGAGAGGACGGAACAACCAAAUAACAUCCAUGAUGUCUUCUCCAAACAUUCAGAUGCCAUCACUAAACAGUCCUUGGGGAAGGAGAGAUGUCAAAAAUCAUUCGGGGGGUGGGGUGGGUGAUUGUUCUGUUUCUGUCCCAGCUCAGUGAGAGUUUGUGUGGAUAAAAACUGCAGAGGUGAAAGGCCUUAAAUGUAAAAUUGAAGGACUACUGCAAAGAAAAGCUACUUCUCUCCCUCCUGGUUUUUUGCAGAGCACCUUUGACUAACUCAGCCCCGAGUCUACUUUCUCCUCUGGUAACCGACUAAUUCAGCAAGGAGGAGUGGACCAGGGAGUGGUUAGGUUAAGAUGCCUGCAUUGCUUGUUCUUUCCUUAAAUUAAUGAAUUAAAAUAAUUAUUUAAAUUAAUAAAUUAAUUGAGUAAUGGAAGAGGGGGAAGGUUAUUAAGCUGCAUUGUCUGCUACAAGCAUAGGGUUUCCCUCAAUAAAUGCUGAUGUCUGAUCA